AUCCCCAUCUAUUGACCUAACCAUAUUUUAAAUUUACAUAAACAAAAAUCAUUUCUCUUCUUAACCCUCCCAAGUUCCGACUUCUCUCUCUCGUCGGAAUCUGCAGAUUUCGAAAUCGCGAAGAUGCUGAGAAAACUACUAACGCAGCCAUCUUCUCGCCGUCUUCUCUCUUCCGGUAUUCCUCCUCUCUUCUCCAAAUCCUCUCUCUCACCGUUUUCCUCAUUAUCCUCUUCACCGGAGCCACCGUCCUCAGAGAGUACCACCGUCGAACAUCCCGGAACAACAAUCUCUGUCGAUCGUUCUUCUCUUUAUACUCCUCCCGAGCACUCUCAUGAAUCCACACCUGAGACUGAGCUCGUUAAGCAUCUCAAGAAUAUUAUCAAGUUUCGAGAUGGUCCAAUCUCAGUAGCUGAGUAUAUGGAGGAGGUUUUGACUAAUCCUAAAGCAGGAUUCUAUAUGAAUCGUGAUGUUUUUGGAGCUCAAGGUGAUUUCAUUACUUCUCCAGAAGUUAGCCAAAUGUUCGGCGAGAUGAUUGGUGUUUGGACUGUGUGUCUUUGGGAGCAAAUGGGAAGGCCAGAGAGGGUUAAUCUUGUUGAGCUAGGUCCAGGUCGUGGAACGCUUAUGGCUGAUCUUCUUCGUGGUACAUCAAAGUUUAAGAAUUUUACGGAAUCGUUGCAUAUACAUUUGGUGGAAUGUAGUCCUGCAUUGCAGAAGCUUCAGCACCAGAAUCUGAAAUGUACAGAUGAGAGUAGUUUGGAGAAGAAAGCUAUAAGUUCACUAGCUGGGACACCUGUGCACUGGCAUGCUACUCUUGAAGAGGUACCAUCAGGAGUACCAACAAUAAUCAUUGCACAUGAGUUUUAUGAUGCUCUUCCAGUUCAUCAGUUUCAGACCCAAUCUCUGCAGAAAUCUUCCCGUGGUUGGUGUGAGAAAAUGGUUGAUGUAGGAGAAGAUUCACAGUUCCGCUUUGUUCUAUCCCCACAGCCUACACCUGCAGCCUUGUAUCUCAUGAAACGUUGCACAUGGGCUACACCUGAGGAAAGGGAGAAACUUGAACAUGUCGAGAUCAGCCCAAAAUCAAUGGAUUUGACCCAAGAAAUGGCCAAGAGAAUAGGUUCUGAUGGAGGUGGAGCACUUAUAAUCGAUUACGGGAUGAAUGCAAUCAUUUCAGACAGUCUUCAGGCUAUUAGAAAACACAAGUUUGUCAACAUACUAGAUGAUCCCGGGUCUGCAGAUCUAAGUGCUUAUGUCGAUUUUCCUUCAAUAAAACACUCCGCUGAGGAAGCUUCAGAAAAUGUCUCAGUCCAUGGACCUAUGACUCAGUCUCAGUUCUUGGGUUCGCUUGGAAUAAACUUCAGAGUUGAUGCGUUGCUACAGAACUGUAACGAUGAGCAAGCUGAGUCCUUAAGGGCAGGAUACUGGCAGCUUGUUGGCGAUGGUGAAGCACCUUUCUGGGAAGGACCUCAUGAACAAACACCGAUUGGAAUGGGGACGAGGUAUCUUGCAAUGACUAUUGUCAACAAAAACCAAGGCAUUCCAGCUCCAUUCCAAUAAGAAAAGUUGAAACUUUCAGAGAAGGAAACCCUCUUUUUAACUUGGUUUAUCUCUCAGUAAAAGUAAUAAAAAGCUUUUAAAUUAUGAAGUUAUUGCUAUAUGUUCCAAUCAAAUGUUUUAUAGCAC